AUGGAGAUGGAACGCGUGACGGAGCUGACGAUGGAUCGGCGGCCGAGGAAAAAGCCGCGGUUGGGAUGGGAUGUUCUUCCUCAAGCCCCUAAGGCUCAGCUAGGAUUGUUUUCUGGACAAGAGAUUGGAAAUGUGACAAGCUAUGAACCUUCGAGGGCACUCUCGGAUCAUCCUAGUUCACUAUUUGUUAAGGGUCUUGCUCGAAAUGGUUCACCCCCAUGGCGAGAAGAUGACAAAGAUGGCCAUUAUAUGUUUGAGAUCGGAGAAAAUUUAACUUCUCGCUAUAAGAUUCACAGCAAGAUGGGUGAAGGUACUUUCGGUCAGGUUUUAGAGUGUUGGGAUAGGGAGAAAAAAGAAAUGGUAGCCAUCAAAAUUGUCCGUGGCAUUAAGAAAUAUCGUGAAGCAGCAAUGAUUGAGGUAGAAGUGCUUCAACAACUUGGUAGACAUGACAAGGGUGGCAGUCGUUGUGUUCAAUUACGGAACUGGUUUGACUAUCGUAACCAUAUCUGUAUUGUCUUUGAGAAGCUUGGACCAAGCUUAUACGAUUUCCUACGCAAAAACAAUUAUCGCUCAUUUCCCAUUGAUCUUGUCCGUGAGAUUGGCAGGCAACUGUUGGAAUGUGUAGCAUUUAUGCAUGAUUUGCACCUCAUUCAUACGGACUUGAAGCCUGAAAAUAUUCUUCUUGUGUCACCGGAAUAUUUGAAAGUUCCUGAUUUCAAGGGUUCUUCAAGGUCUCCGAAGGAUAACUCGUAUUACAAGAGGAUCCCAAAGUCUAGUGCUAUCAAAGUAAUUGACUUUGGUAGCACGACAUAUGACAGAAAGGACCAGUCUUAUAUUGUAUCUACACGGCACUACAGAGCCCCAGAAGUUAUUCUAGGACUUGGGUGGAGUUACCCUUGUGAUAUAUGGAGCGUUGGUUGUAUCCUGGUUGAACUUUGCUCGGGCGAAGCGUUGUUCCAAACCCAUGAGAACUUGGAGCACCUUGCAAUGAUGGAAAGGGUACUCGGAGCCUUACCCCAGCACAUGUUGAAAAAAGCAGAUCGACAUGCAGAAAAGUAUGUUAGAAGGGGUCGGCUUAACUGGCCAGAGGGGGCAGCAACUAGAGAUAGUAUGAGGGCUGUUCAGAAGUUGCCGAGGCUCCAGAAUUUGAUCAUGCAGCACGUGGAUCAUUCGGCAGGAGACCUUAUUCAUUUACUGCAAGGGCUCUUGCGAUAUGAUCCAGCUGAAAGAGGUGGUGAUGCUUUCGGGAUUAGUUGCUGCAAGACCCGGUAG